AUGAGUGAUUCAGAAGAAGAGGACAGAUCAAAGUCUCCAGUCUCCAGCUGUCUGUCUAUGAAGAGUGACUGGAGUAAAGGAUACCCUCCAAACUUCAGUAAUGAACCUGGACCCUCAGACACAAAACUUGAGAAGAUGAGUGAUUCAGAAGAAGACGAGGACAGAUCAAAGUCUCCAGUCUCCAGCUGUCUGUCUAUGAAGAGUGACCGGAGUAAAGAAAAUGUUCCAAAAUUCAGUAAUGAACCUGGACCCUCAGACACAAAAGAGAGGAAGAGGAGUCAUGUUUGUGAGGAGGAGCAGCCAUCCAGAACAAGAGCUGGACUGCAGUCAGCCGGUGAAACCAACACUGCACAAGCUGCUGGUGGUCUGCAAGAGGUUUUAGAUGAACAUAAGAUCAGUCUGAAGAGAAGAUGUCAACAUGUGACUGAAGGAACUGAUGGAACAGGAAGUGGAACCCUCCUUAACAGGAUCUACACUGAGCUCUACAUCACAGAGGGACAGAGUGAAGAGGUUAAUACCCAACAUGAGGUGAGGCAGCUGGAGACAGCUUUCAAGAAGACGACCAUCCAUGAUACUCCAAUCAAGUGCCAGGACAUCUUUAAAGCCUUACCUGACCAACAGGGACACAUCAGAGUCGUUCUGACGAACGGCGUCGCUGGCGUUGGAAAAACCUUCUCGGUGCAGAAGUUCAGUCUGGACUGGGCAGAGGGUUUGGAGAACCAAGAUGUCAGUGUGGUGGUUCUGCUUUCGUUCAGGGAGCUGAACUUGAUCAGAGAUGAGCAGUACAGUCUUCUGGAGCUGCUCCAUGUUUUCCAUCCAACAUUACAGAAGGUCCCAGCAGAGAAGCUCGCCGUCUCUAAACUUCUGUUCAUCUUUGACGGCCUGGAUGAAAGCAGACUGUCUCUGGAUUUCAACAACAAGGAGGUUGUGUCUGAUGUCACACAGAAGUCAUCGGUCAAUGUGCUGCUGACAAACCUCAUCCAGGGGAAUCUGCUUCCCUCGGCUCUCGUCUGGAUAACUUCCAGACCUGCAGCGGCCAAUCAGAUCCCUCCUGCAUGUGUUGACAGGGUGACAGAAAUACGAGGCUUCACUGACGCCCAGAAGGAGGAGUACUUCAGGAGGAGGGUCAGUGAUGAAGAACGGUCCAGCAGAAUCCUCUCACACAUCCACACAUCCAUCAGCCUCCACAUCAUGUGUGUGAUCCCAGUCUUCUGCUGGAUCACUGCUACAGUUCUGGACCACAUGUUGACUACAGAGCAGAGAGGAGAACUGCCCAAGACCCUGACUGACCUGUACUCACACUUCCUGCUGGUUCAGACCAAGAAGAAGAAGCAGAAGUAUGAUGAGGGACAUGAGACAAGUCCACAGGAGCUGAUGGAGGCUGACAGAGAAGUUCUUCUGAAACUGGGGAGGCUGGCGUUUGAACAGCUGCAGAGAAGAAACAUCAUGUUCUACCAAGAAGACCUGGAGCGCUGUGGUCUCCAUGUCACAGAGGCCUCGGUGUACUCAGGAGUUUGUACAGAGAUCUUCAAAAGAGAGAGUGUGAUCUUCCAGAAAACAGUCUACUGCUUCAUUCAUCUGAGCGUUCAGGAGUUUCUGGCUGCAGUCUACCUGUUCCACUGUUACACCACCAGGAACACAGAGGUAGUGAGGGCUUUCUUUGGGACAUACUGGUAUAAUUUCUCAUCCCUGGAUGACUUCCUGAGGAGGACCAUGGAGAAAUCCCUAGAAAGUAAAAAUGGCCACCUGGACCUGUUUGUUCGCUUCCUCCAUGGCCUCUCUCUGGAGUCCAACCAGAAACUGUUAGGAGGCCUGCUGGGUCAGACAGACAACAGUCCAGAAAUCAUCCAGAGAGCCAUUAAUAACCUGAAGGAGAUGAACACUAAUGAGAUCUCUCCUGACAGAAGCAUCAACAUCUUCCCCUGUCUGACGGAGAUGAACGACCUCUCAGUAUAUCAGGAGAUCCAAGAGUUCCUGAAGUCAGAGAACAGAUCAGAGAAGGGACUCUCUGAGAUCCACUGCUCAGCUCUGGCCUACAUGCUGCAGAUGUCAGAGGAGGUUCUGUACUGGUUGAACCUGAAGGAGUACAACACAACAGAGGAGGGACGACUGAGACUGAUUCCAGCAGUGAGGAACUUCAGAAAGGCCUGGAUUUCCAACUGCAGACUCUCAAAGACUCACUGUGAAGUUUUGGCCUCAGCUCUGAAGUCCAACCCCUCCCAUCUGAGACACCUGUACCUGAUAAAUAGCAGCCUGAAGGAUUCAGAAGUGAAGCAGCUGUGUGAUGGACUUCAGAGUCCAAAUUGUAAACUGGAUACUCUGGGAUUGUGGCGCUGCAGUUUGUCAGAGAUCAGCUGUGCUUCACUGGUCUCAGCUCUGAAGUCCAACCCCUCCCAUCUGAGAUGGCUGGAUCUGGGCUUCAACGAGCUGCUGGAUUCAGGAGUGAAGCAGCUGUGUGAUUUUCUUGAGAGUCCAAACUGCAGACUGGUGUUUCUGGGAUUGAGUCACUGCAGGUUGUCAGAGAUCAGCUGUGCUACACUGGCCUCAGCUCUGAAGUCCAACCCCUCCCAUCUGAGAGUGCUGCAGCUGAGCUGGAACGAGCUGCAGGAUUCAGGAGUGAAGCAGCUGUGUGAUUUUCUGGAGAGUACACACUGCAGACUGGAGACUCUGAGAUUGAAGAAAUGCAGUUUGUCAGAGACCAGCUGUGCUAUUCUGGCCUCAGCUCUGAAGUCCAACCCCUCCCAUCUGAGAGAGCUGGACCUGAGAGACAACAAGCUGCAGGAUUCAGGAGUGAAGCAGCUCUCUGAUCAUGUGGAUAAUCCGAACUGCAGACUGACGACUCUGAGGAUCGAUGGCAUGUUGAUCAAAGCUGAGAAACCAAAAACAAUAGGACAGCGUCCCAGCAGAGGACAGCGUCCCAGCAGAGGACAGAGUCCCAGCAGAGGAAAGUGUACCAUCUCAUGAGAAUUGAAACUGAAGCAAAAGAGAAGAAACUGUGAUGAUGAAUCUCUAACAGCUGAAUGUUUACAGUCUCACGCGAUUGAUUGUAAUCUGUAAAUGAGAAAUGAUGAGAAAUACUAAAUCUGUAAUAUUAAUUAAUUUAUCAAUGAAUUUAAAUGAU